AUGGAGAUUGCGGGUAUUGGACUUUUGCAGAAAUGGCGAAGAGAAAGAGAAGAGCAGCAGCACGUGGGACAAUGUUGUAAGUACCCCUUCAUGGACGCCCUGAAAAAAGGGAAUGCAAUUUUGUGGAGGAGGAUGAGGAGGAGGGGGAUGGGGGUGCCUAGCCUCAUCACCCUAUGUGAGGCAACAUCAAAUGAGUUACCCAAAGAAGGACAAAAAAGUACCUUAACAGAGAAUGUUGGAGAGGGGAAGAAAAAUAAAAUGAAUGAUGACGAUACAAAUGCGAUGAAGGAGCAACAAGCCAACUCUUCCUUCGCAAAUACAUUUGAUUCACCAAAUGCUUUACUAUUUGAAAACCUAAACAAGGAAUACAAGUUUAUAACUACGCAAGACAAUUUCGAUGGGUUCAGAUUUGAAGUAGAUAAAACAGUGAACAAAUACUUACAGUCCACACACACACUUUUCCUUGGAACUACACUAAGGGAUGUCGGGUACUUGUAUCAAUUCGGGGCAAAUUUCACAAACAGUGAUAAUAGCUUGCUAAUGAUUAGCAGAAUAAAUAUUGAUGGCAGUGUGAAUGGUAGAUUUUGUAAAAGAAUAAACAACCACAUUGACUGCAAACUCAAUUUUAACACUUAUGCAAAAAGCGAUACCAGGAAUAUGUACGAAAUGGGUAUAGAGGUUAAUAAGCCUAUAUACACUUACAAUGUGAAGACCAUAUGGCAGGGCACGUGGAUCUUCAACGCGUCGUAUACCCAAAUGUUGAGUAAAAAAUUUCAAGCAGGGGUAGACCUAACCUACAUAGCUUCCAAUUGUGCUUCCAUUGGAUCCUUCGGACUUCGAUACAACCACAAAAAUAAUGUUCUGACCAUGCAGGUGGUGAGACAACCAAAUUUUAAAUCGCCUGAAUUUAUGCUUAACCAGACACACUUAUAUAAAAUUCAGUACGCCAAAAAAGUGUCCGAUCGGUUAUCCUUGGGGACAGAACUUGAGGUCACUCCGCAGACCAAGGAAUCGGCCAUGCGUCUGGGGUGGGACUACUCCUUCCGUCAUGCGAAGGUGCAGGGAAGUAUUGACACGAGUGGAAAAAUUGCCGUCUUCACACAGGACUACUCAGGCUUUGGGGUUAGCGGGUACAUAGAUUACCCGAACAAUGAGUACAAGUUUGGCUUCAUGAUGCACAUAGCCCCUGCGCAGGAGCAGCCCGUGCAACCCACACCGUAG